AUGUGCCGGCGAGUAUUCGAUGCUAUGGCGAAAGAAAGCGCCAUUGAUUACGGUAAUGUUGGGCUUCGAGAGGUGACCCUUAAACCAACGGACAUUGCGAACUUCAUUUGUGGUCCAAGUAAAAGAAAACAACAUGGUGGAGUAUUUACACUGUAUCCCAGUGAUCCUCUGACCAAGACAUUAAUGCCUCUUACUGGUGGUGAUUUUGAAGAUGCAGUUACAAAGGAAGUUCUUUUGCGAGAUCUAUUUCGGAGUGUGGAUUUACGUAUAGAUUACAACAUGGAUCAAGACGAAGAUGCAGAUGUUUUCGUGAGAAUCGAGUACCCGAUUAAUGCUGUAUUGAUGGCUAGGGAUCCUAGCAACUUCAGUCUAAACUACGCGUGUAAGUAUCAGCCGGAUGACAAGAGGCUGCCACCUAUAUACAGGUGGUUUAGGAUAGCAUUCAAAAAUGUCUAUCCCAUGGCGUAUGGAUUUGAUACUGGUAAUAACAUGUUGUUUAAAAAUUCGGCGCCACGAGAACUGCAAUCUACUAAUGUCGUAGGGCCGAGCUUUUACACUGUCUUUGUGGAACCAGGGAUGAUCGUUGGCAUCUAUUGUCAAGCGGGAGAACGUUUGGAGCCCAGCAACUGUUUUGAUAAGGAUGAAAUUGCGAAAAUGGGAGAUGAUAUUGUGCCUUACAUAGAGCAGCCAGUUGGACUGAUAAAUGCGCAAGCCCGUGAUGUAACCUCUAGACUCAGGGUAUUCAAAGUAGGAGAAACGGCUAAAAAAACUAUCUUGCGUUCAUGCUCAUGCGUCCGUCCCGAUGGAAACAGGAAGGUUGUACGUUUCGCGUACCGUGUCGGUGAGAUGUACCUUAAUUCCGCUGAAACUGUCUUGACUCCUCCAGUGAAACGUAAAGGGGUGCGGUUUGUGUUAUCUCUGAUGCAGGUAGGAACCAGAUCUAUCACGGAUCUUCCUAACGAUGGUUGGGUUGAUCUUGGUCAAUUGGGAAAGGUAGGAACGAGAUUAGCGCCGGAAAAUCCAGAGCUCAAUACCUUCAAUGCAUCUCCCAUGGGACCGAAUCAAGCAGUUGCUAUAAAGAAUGCGCUUGGCUUAAGAGGUGUUCAUUUUUCUAUGGAGAAGAUUAAAAACGGAAGGCGUCAUAUCGUUGACUGCGCGGAAGAUGCGUUAAUCAUAUGUAAAAAUGAAGUGAAAUUAAUAUACUACGAUUGGGUACUUAAGCGGCUGUUUGGUGAAUUUCAUGUUGACACCAACUUGCGUGUACUAUAUCAUAUUGUGCCAACUGACCCUUACACCUAUGGUUGUGGUGUUGACAGCGAAGAUUUGUUCCAAAAAAGCGGAUUCCAAUUAUCAACUGGCGCAAAUAACGACGGUGUUACGGAGUGCAAAGUCAACCCUUACGUAACUAGCCCCGUUGGAUUCUACUGUCCCAAAGGUUACACUUUAGAACCUGCAAACUGUUUUGAACAGAUGACUCGCGUUGGUGACAACAAAGAAGUGUCAUUGAGUGAUUACGCAGAUCACGCAAGACCUGUUGAAGGGAAAUACAUUAAAGCCGUUGAUUUCCAAUUCUCUGAAAUGAUGAGUCACCUUAUCAAAUACACGGAUGAGGAACUCAUGUGCCGAUGUGUUGAUCAGUAUGGCAAAGUACGGGCGGCCAUCACCUUAGACCUACCCGCUCCUAAACGACGUCCGGAGAUACCUGUUAUUAUGGUGAAUUGGUCAGAAGAAGUUGAAAUGUACAGAAAUGAUUCUCCCGUGUAUACUGUUCAUCUUAAGCGUCCUAAAAAGCUAAAAUUCAUUUGUGUAGCGAGUGAUGGUGGCGCUAGUGGAGAAUUUACAAUGUAUCCCAGUGAUCCUAUGUCCAAGACAUUAAUGCCGCUUGAAGGAGAUGAUAUCGAGAAGGCCAUCACUAGGGAGGUGCCGUUGCAUAGUAUCGUUCGCACUAGCGAGUUGAAAAUGCAAGUAAGCAAAAACAGAAAUGGGCCAGCAGUUUUGCGAAUGAAAAAUGAUUUGAAUACUGUAAUAAUGGCUAAGGACCCUGAAAAUUUCAGUCUUAACUACGCCUGUAAAUUCCAACCUAAGGAUAAACGUAAACCGGCAAUUUAUAGAUGGCUCAAGGUAACGUUUGACCAAGUCUACCCUAUGGCAUUUGGAUGUGAAAGUGGCGACGACCUGCUUUUUAUGAAUUCAAUGCCUAGGGAUAAGAAAAAGAAUCAAGGAGGCAAAUCUCCAGAUUGCCGUCUAACGGCCGAACCUGGCAUGUUAGUCGGAAUGCACUGCCAAGACGGUGAGAGAAUGACACCAGAAAUUUGUGUUUCAGACGAGGUUUUCAAGGCACUCGAUGGCGCCUUUUCUCCCUUCAUUCCUUCUUGGCCUGCAAUGCCCAAAACACGAGGCUAUAGGUUACCAUCUAGAUUUAGACUAUACAAAGUGGAGUCUAAUGCUGGAGAUAAAAAUUUUAGGUUGGUAUGUCAUUGUACCAGCGGGGAUGUAAUAAAGAAAACAAUGGUAAUUCAAAAUGUAACACGCAGUCAGUCUGAUUUGAAAGCGCUACUCGGUUCUCCAAGCCUCCAUCCGGAACCUUAUUUCACACUAAUGAAUGAUUUGGUACCCGGACUUACGAUGAAACUUAUCGUACCGUCAGCUGGGAUCAUCGACCUGGGUAACUUCGGUCGUGUGUCCGCUGUGCUAUUACCUAAGGACCCAGAGUACAAUGCAUUUCAUGUUCGAGGACAUAACGAUGCCGUGAAUCUCGAAAUUAAGCAGUUAUUUGGAGCGAAAGGCGUUGAUAUAAGCUAUGAUCGAAACAAGAAUCAUAAUACCUACACGUUUGAUUACAAAAAGGACGCUGUAACUGUUGUCAAGGGUAACGUACCAUUUAUGUAUCAUAAGUGGGACAUAUCACCAAUAAAUAAUAGGAAGGGAGGGCAGACAACUCUAUCAUUGAUGUACAACCUAAUUCCAACUGACCCUUACACCUACGGGUGUGGUGUGGACAGCGAGGACUUAUUCCACAGCAGCGGAUUCCAGUUAUCAACUGGAUACGAGAAUGACGGCGUGACAAAAUGUAAGGUUAAUCCACAUUUAACGAGCCCAGUUGGAUUCUACUGUCCGGAAGGCUUCAUACUAGAGCCUGCCAACUGUUUUGAAUACAUGACUCACAAGCGGGGAAAUAAAGUGGUGCCAUUGUCACAUUACGCACCUCACGCAAGAGUUACUGAAGGACCACACAUUAAAGUAGCGGACUUCCAUGUGCCUAUUAUUAUGAAACACACUAUAAAAUAUGGAGAUCACGAGCUCAUGUGCAAGUGUAUGGACCAAGAUGUCUUGGGAUACAUUGUUACACUAUGUGCUACAUUUUCUGCAGCUCUUGGACCUUCACCACCUACAAUGAUAAAUUGGUCGGAUGAACGCAAUAUGUUCUACAAUGCGCCAAUGGAAAUUGUAUCUCUUAAACCUUCGAAAGAGCUAAUAUUUUUUUGCUUAUCGAGUAAUGGUGGUGAAAGUGGAGAGUAUACCAUGUACCCUAGUGAUCCCAUGACCAAGACUUUAAUGCCACUUGAAGGAGAUAUCGAGGAAGCCGUCACCAAGGAAAUGCCCCUACGCAAUGUACUUCGUACAAUUGAUUUGAAACUGAAGGUGAAUAACGGCACAAAUGGUCCGGGGACCUUAAGUAUCAAGUAUAACUUGAAUGCUGUGAUAAUGGCUAAGGAUCCUGAUAAUUUCAGUCUGAAUUAUGCUUGUAAAUUCCAACCGAAAGAUGAGAGUAAGACACCUGUUUACAGAUGGCUUAAGGUGAUAUUCGACCGUGUUUACCCUAUGGCCUAUGGCUGUGCGAGUGGUGAAGAGAUGCUAUUCAAAAAUUCAACACCGAGUUAUGAAAGGAUUAUUCAACGACGUAGGACCGUUUGUGAGACCAAAUUAGAGCCCGGCAUGAUCUUUGGUAUUUACUGCCAACCCGGUGAACGUUUGGAGCCCGAGAAUUGCUUUUCGAAUGAACAUCUUGCUGAACUUGGUGACGCCAUCACGCCAUACCAUCCUCAUGGAUUAGUAUCAUUACAUGAUCCGGAGUAUACUGUGCCAUCUAGGUUGAAGCUCUUCAAAGUGUCGAAUCAAGGACUAAAUCGCGAUUACUACUCCACUUGCUCCUGUGUAAAUUACGAGGGUCUAACUACUACCACACUUGCCGUAGAAAAUACUAAGGAAGAAAUUAAUGACGUCACUAGAGCAGCUGAAAGCUUCGAGCCGUCCAAUAACCCUCCUGUUCGAAGCGUCUUACAUUACCUUGAGGCAGGCAAAAAGUUCACAAUUAAAUAUUACCCCGACAAUAAACCUCUGAUAUCUGGCAAACAUAAAGCUGUACCGCUUCUUUUUCCAGUGGAUCCCGAGCACUAUGCCUUUAACGGGGCGCCAAUAGCUACGAAUAAACCGAUGCGAAUCGAUGAGAUCAUGGGAACCAAAGGUGUGGAUAUAAGCUACAAGGAAGACAAGGGUAAAAUGGCCUAUACGAUAAAGCUCAAGAAGGAUGCCAUAAUCGUUAGCAAAACGGACAUACCGUUCAUGUAUUAUAAUUGGAGAGUGGUGAGCGACAUUUGGAGCAGAAGGUUGUACGGAACAGUGAGAGUGCAGUUCAGCAUCUUACCAACUGACCCUUACACCUAUGGCUGUGGUGUUGAUAGUGCUACGUUAUUCCGUGAUAGCGGCUUUCAAGUGGCCUACGGAGUGAAGAACGUCGGUGUGACAAAAUGCAAGGUCAACCCUUACUUAAGAAGCCCAGUUGGAUUCUAUUGUCCCAAAGAUUACACUCUAGAGCCUGCAGACUGUUUUGAACACAUGAUUAACAGCGGAACUAAUCACAUAGUGCCUUUAAAAGACUACGCACCUCACGCGAGAUCCAUAGAAGGGAAUCACAUAAGAGUGCUCGACUUCCACGUACCUCAAAUGAUGAAGCGUCUCAUAAAGUAUACGGAUGAGGAACUCAUGUGCAGAUGUAUCGACAAAAAGGGUAAACUUCGUGCCACUAUCACUCUAGAACUUAAAAAACCGAGAAUGGUUGGGAAUUCUUGGAAAUCCCUCGUGACAGCGAGAAGACUUGCAGCAUAA